AUGGACUUUUCAGACUUUGAAAUCAUUGACCCAAUUGCCGAGUUUGGCCCUGAGAGCAGCGACGAGGAAGAUGCCCCUCAGCCUUCUCUACCCCAUCUUCAAGGCGGUCAUCCUCCGUGGCAGGGUCAUGAGGGUAAGCUAGUUGGUGUUGUUGACAUGGGAAGCAAUGGCAUCCGAUUGUCCAUCUCCGACCUUUCGAAGCCAUUGGCUCGUAUGCUUCCGACCGUGUAUCAGUACCGCGCGUCCAUCUCGUUGUACGACUCGCAGUAUGAUCCCGAGACGGGAGACCAGAUUCCCAUUCCCGACGACAUUAUCGAAGCCGUCGUCUCAGUCCUGAGCAGAUUUGUUGUUAUCUGUGAUGACUUUGGUUGUAACAAGGACAGUAUUCAUGUUAUCGCGACCGAAGCUACGCGCGCGGCAGUCAACUCUAAGCAAUUCUUGGCUGCCAUCAAGGACAAGACUGGCCUGACGGUUGAGCUCCUGCCCAAGGAGGAGGAAGGACAGAUUGGCGCUCUCGGUAUCGCUAGUGGGUUUUCCUCCAUGGAGGGUCUUGUCAUGGACCUGGGAGGUGGCAGCACUCAGAUUACCUGGAUGCUCAGCUCUGGCGGUCAAGUCCGCAUCAGUCCCAAGGGAAGCUUCAGUUUCCCAUACGGAGCCGCUGCAUUGACCAAGAAGCUCCAUGAUCUCCGACAGGACAAGAAGAAAGAAGAAGCUGAUGCCGCUGUCAAGGCAUUUGAGCAGGAGAUGAUUUCCAACUUCAAGGAUGCAUACCACAACCUUCAAAUCCCCGAGGAGAUGGUCGAGAAGGCCAAGAAAGAGGGCGGAUACCGUAUCUACCUCUCUGGAGGUGGAUUCAGAGGAUGGGGAUAUCUGCUUCUGUAUCUUAACCAGACGGAUGGCAGCUAUUACCCCAUCUCCAUCAUCAAUGGCUACACGGCCAAGCGCAAGCAGUUUGAGGAUACCGAGGCUCUCAAGCAUGUCGCUCAUGCUGCCAAGGACAUCUUCCGCGUCUCUGAUCGCAGACGAUCUCAGGUCCCGGCCGUUGCCUUCCUCGUCAAUGUCCUCUCUGAGUCCAUUCCUGGAGGUAUCAGAGAAGCCCACUUCUGCCAGGGUGGUGUGCGAGAGGGAUUCUUGUUCCGACAGCUGCCACCAUCCAUUCGUGCGCUUUCACCCUUGGAGGUGGCCACUGGCUACUUUGCGCCAGGCUCUCGACAUCUGAUCCAGCAGUUGCUCAAGAGCGCAAUUCCGAAGCCCGGUAAGAAGAAGGAGUUUCCGGAGGAGUUUGAAGAACCUGUCGUGGAUUCGUUUGCCAAUGCGAUGUACCUCCACAUGUUCAUGUCAAAGGAAACCGCUUCGACGACUGCGCUGUACUCCACCAGUGUCGGUAACAUGUCCGCGAUUCAUGGUGUAUCGCACCAGGACCGAGCCAGGCUGGCCUUGAUGCUUGAAUCCAGAUACGGUGGUGAGCUUCCUCCUCGCGAGUUGGAGUUCCGCGAAUCUCUCCGUGAGAUGCUCACGCCCGAAGAAGUCUGGUGGGCAUCUUACCUCGGCAGAGUAGGACAGCUCAUCACAGCGCUCUACCCAGCAGGCAAGAUCCACCGAUCGAAGCCGCGUGUGGUGUUCACUGCACAGUGGUCUUACACCCUGGGCAAGAAGAAGAACAAGGAGGGUCUCCUGCUCACCAUUUCGGUACAGAAGACCAAGAAUGAUCCUGCUCGCACAAAAGAGACGGUUGAAGAGGCGGCUAGUGACGUGGAAAAGAUUGGAAAGAAGAAGAAUUGGAUUGGUGAUGAUGAGCCUUGGGGAAUGAAGGUUAAGGUUAAGGUUGUUGAGGAGGGGAUCCUUUCUGAGGAAAUUGACGAGUAA